CACUGGGCAUGCGCGGGCGGCCAUGUUGGAUUGUGUCUGUGUGCGGUGACUGAGCGCUCUGGCCGGUUGUGCGGUGAGCUUAAUCCCGGGGAGCAAAAGACGAACGUGGGCGGAGCCUUCGCUGAAUAUUGUGACCGUGCAAAGAGAAGUCCAAAAUGUCUCGGAGAUAUGACUCAAGGACGACCAUCUUCUCCCCGGAGGGUCGCCUCUACCAGGUGGAAUACGCCAUGGAAGCCAUCGGACACGCCGGCACCUGCUUGGGCAUCCUGGCCAACGAUGGCGUCCUGCUGGCGGCCGAGCGGCGGAACAUCCACAAACUCCUGGACGAGGUUUUCUUUUCCGAGAAAAUUUACAAAUUGAACGAUGAUAUGGCGUGUAGUGUGGCCGGGAUCACUUCUGACGCCAACGUCCUGACCAACGAACUCAGACUCAUCGCGCAGAGGUAUCUGCUGCAGUACCAGGAGCCCAUCCCGUGUGAGCAGCUGGUGACCGCACUGUGUGACAUCAAGCAGGCGUACACACAGUUUGGAGGAAAGCGGCCGUUCGGCGUCUCCCUCCUGUACAUCGGCUGGGACAAGCAUUACGGUUUUCAGCUGUACCAGAGCGACCCAAGCGGGAACUACGGGGGGUGGAAAGCCACGUGUAUAGGCAACAACAGUGCGGCUGCAGUCUCGAUGCUGAAGCAGGACUUCAAGGAAGGAGAAAUGACCCUGAAGUCGGCGCUGGCUUUAGCUGUAAAAGUUCUGAACAAGACGAUGGACGUCAGUAAACUGUCAGCUGAGAAAGUUGAGAUCGCCACAUUAACACGCGAGAACGGCAAGACGAAAAUACGGGUCCUGAAACAGAAGGAGGUGGAGGAGCUGAUCAAACUUCACGAGGAGGAAGAGGCGAAGAUCGAGCGGGAGAAGAAGGAAAAGGAACAAAAGGAGAAGGACAAGUGAUGGCGGAGACGCCCCGGGGGGGCAGCGGGUCCGGCGGCCUCUUCGCACCCAUUCUCAGCACUCACAGAUUUUCUUCUUUUUGGUCUUGAAAUAAAACUGAAACUAAUUUUUCUUAAACAU